AUGGCGGACCCGGCGAUACGACAACCGCAGCCGGCCCAGGAGCCAGACACCACCUCCAUCCCGGGCUAUAUCAUCCUGCCGGACCAGGACGGCCUCGACUCGUUGGCAGCGGCCACAGUGGCGCCAGCACAUCCCCUCGACCAGCUAUGUCCCCAGGAAAUCAGCGCCGCCGCUCGGCUCGUGCGCGAGUAUGCGAGCCCAAGUCAAGUCAAGUUCAAUUGCAUCACCCUCCGCGAGCCCCGCAAGCUCGAAUAUGCCGCCUUCCGGUCCGGCACCGGCCCCCGCCCGGCGCGCCGGGCCCUAGUCGUCUUGCUGGAGCAGCAACAGCAGCAUCAGGACUCCACGGCACCGAGCGCAGACGGCAUGGGCGUGCGCGAGGCCAUUGUAAACCUGACGCGCGGUUCCGUCGAGGACUGGCGCGCCCUCCAGGACGUGGCGCCGACGUUGACGCUCGAAGACCUCGACGUCAUGGAGCGCGUGGCCCGGCGCGAUCCGCGUGUCGUCGACGCGUGCCGCGAAAUCGGCAUCACCGACAUGUCGACCGUCUACCUCGAUGCGUGGGCCAUUGGCGUCGAUUCGCGCUGGGGGUUUGAGCGCCGCCUGCAGCAGGGGCUGGCCUACUGGCGCGCCUCGCCCUCGGACAACCAGUACGCCCACCCGCUCGACUUCAGCGUCGUCGCAGACACCGAGGCCGAGGAGGUACUGGCCGUCGACGUCCGCCGCGUCCACGGCCAGCGCACCGCCGUGCCCCGGAAUCCCCACAACUACCUCCCCGAGUUUGUCGGCGACGGCUACCGGCCGCGCCGGCUCCGGCCCAUCGACGUGACGCAGCCCGAGGGCGUGUCGUUUGCGGUGCGAGGCAACGAGAUUGCGUGGGCCGGGCUCAAGAUGCACAUCGGCUUCAACUACCGCGAGGGCAUCGUACUGUCCGACGUGCGCAUCGACGACCCCUACGAGGGCCGCGAGCGCUCCCUCUUCAACCGCAUCAGCGUCGUCGAGAUGGUGGUGCCCUACGGCUGCCCGGAGCCGCCGCACCACCGCAAGCACGCCUUUGACGUGGGCGAAUACGGCACCGGCCUCAUGACCAACUCGCUCAAGCUCGGCUGCGACUGCAAGGGCGCCAUCCACUACCUCGACGCCGUCCUGUCGACGGGCCGCGGCCAGCCCGCCAUUGUCAAGAACGCCGUCUGCAUCCACGAGGAGGACAACGGCCUGCUGUACAAGCACACCGACUUCCGCGACGGCGCCGUCGUCUCGGCCCGCGACCGGCGCCUCAUCAUCUCGCAGAUUAUCACGGCCGCCAACUACGAGUACGGCUUCUAUCACACUUUUAGCCUCGACGGGACUUACAAGCUCGAGGUCAAGCUGACGGGUAUGCUCAACACCUACUGCCUGCACCCGUCCGAGAAGGCGGCGCCGUGGGGCACCGAGGUGGCACCCGGCAUCACCGCCCACAAUCACCAGCACAUAUUUUCGCUGCGCGUCGACCCGCAGAUUGACGGGCCCAACAACUCGGUGGUGCAGUGCGACGCCGUGCCGUCCGAGGCGCCCGUCGGCUCGCCCGAGAACCCGUUUGGCAACGGCUUCUACUGCCGCAAGACGCCGCUGCAGACGGCCAAGGAGGGCGCAGCCGACUACUGCCACGAGACGAGCCGGACCUGGGACAUUGUCAACCCGAGCCGCCUGCACCCGUCGGCCGGCAAGCCCGUGGGCUACAAGAUUGUCAACAACCAAUGCCCGGGGCUGCUGGCCAAGCCAGGCAGCGUGGUGCACAAGCGGGCGGCGUUUGCGCGGAAGAGCCUCUGGGUGCUGCCGUACCGCGACUACGAGCUGUUUCCGGCGGGCGACUAUGUGUGCCAGUCGACGGGCCAAGAGCAGCACCCGGACAACGCGGCGGUGCUCGACUGGGUCAACCGCGACGAGCCCAUUGACAACACGGACAUUGUAUGUUACGUGCAAUUUGGCUUGACGCACUUUCCGCGUGCCGAGGACUUUCCCAUCAUGCCGGCCGAGCCUGUGAGCAUCAUGAUGCGGGCUAGCAGCUUCUUUCGCCAGAACCCGGCGCUGUGGGUACCGCCCUCGGCGCUGACCAAGGACGGCUCGUCGAGGAACGCCUUUUCGUCAGACGAGGGCGGCGAGAGUAAAAAGGGCAGCUGCUGCGCGGACAAGGUCAAGUAUAUCUCUCACCUAUAG